CGGAGCAUUGUGGGACACAAACAAAGUGCCCCCAAACAGGCUGGAGUGAAACGAGCGGCUACGGCGGCGCCGGCUCGCACGCGCGCUGCGGCGGCUCCCUCCCAGCCUCUCCUCCUCCUCUCCCCUCAGUCCCUUUCCCCUUCCCCACCCCGCCCCGCCGGGCCAGCGCGAGCCGUCGCCCGCCCUCGGCAAACCGCCCCCAACCGCCGCCCGCGCGCAGCGGGCUGGGCCCCUCGCUCCUCCCCUCAGGCCCACGGGCGCCGGGCGCUCUCCUCCUCGCGCCUCGCACUCUCGCACUCUCGCACCUCGCGUGCACGCGGGUGAGCGGCGCCGCCAUGCGCGCCCAGUCCCAGGCUGCACACUGGCCUAGGCGCGGCGGCCCGAGAUAGGGUCCCCUGAGCCUCCCGGGGGAGGAGAGGAGCCAGCCGCGCGCUCCGCCCCCUCCCCCCGGGUUGCCGCCGCUACCGCCACCGCCACCUCGCCGCCCCAGCCUGGCGGGGAAGAGGAGGAGCAGUUGCAGGCCUCCGGGCCCCCGCACCGCCGCCCGCAGGGUAAUUCUGAUUCAUUGCAUCCUUGAAGAGCAUCAAUAGAAGAGGGGGAAAAAAGAUGGGUGUGAAAACAUUUACUCACAGCUCCUCUUCCCACAGCCAGGAAAUGCUGGGAAAACUAAAUAUGCUACGAAAUGACGGACAUUUUUGUGAUAUCACUAUUCGUGUCCAGGACAGAAUCUUCCGGGCUCACAAGGUGGUACUAGCAGCUUGCAGUGAUUUCUUUCGAACCAAACUUGUGGGCCAAACAGAGGAUGAGAACAAAAAUGUGUUGGAUCUGCAUCAUGUUACAGUGACUGGCUUUAUACCUCUGCUGGAAUACGCUUACACAGCCACUCUGUCCAUUAACACGGAAAAUAUUAUUGAUGUUCUAGCAGCAGCCAGCUAUAUGCAAAUGUUUAGUGUUGCUAGUACGUGCUCAGAGUUCAUGAAAUCAAGUAUUUUGUGGAAUACACCUAAUAGCCAACCAGAAAAGGGUCUAGAUGCUGGACAAGAAAAUAGUUCCAACUGCAAUUUUACUUCUCGAGAUGGAAGCAUUUCUCCAGUGUCUUCCGAGUGCAGUGCUGUGGAAAGGACCAUUCCUGUCUGCCGAGAGUCCCGGAGAAAACGCAAAAGCUACAUUGUUAUGUCUCCUGAGAGCCCUGUAAAAUGUAGCACACAAACAAAUUCCCCCCAGGUACUGAAUUCUUCAGCUUCCUAUGCAGAAAAUAGAAAUCAGCCAGUUGAUUCUUCUUUAGCGUUUCCAUGGACUUUCCCUUUUGGAAUUGAUAGGAGGAUUCAGCCUGAGAAAGCAAAGCAGGCAGAAAAUACCCGGACUUUAGAGUUGCCUGGCCCGUCCGAGGCAGGUAGAAGGAUGGCUGACUAUGUGACUUGUGAGAGCACAAAAACUACCUUGCCUCUAGGUACAGAAGAAGACGUCCGGGUCAAAGUAGAAAGAUUAAGUGAUGAGGAGGUUCAUGAGGAAGUGUCCCAGCCCGUUAGUGCAUCUCAGAGCUCACUGAGUGAUCAGCAGACGGUGCCUGGAAGUGAACCAGUUCAAGAGGACCUUCUGAUUAGUCCACAGUCUUCCUCUAUAGGCUCAGUGGAUGAAGGAGUCACUGAAGGAUUGCCUACACUUCAGAGCACUUCCAGCACCAAUGCUCAUGCAGAUGAGGAUGACAGAUUGGAAAAUGUUCAGUAUCCCUAUCAACUGUACAUUGCUCCUUCUACCAGCAGUACAGAACGACCAAGUCCAAAUGGUCCAGACAGACCUUUUCAAUGUCCAACCUGUGGGGUUCGCUUCACCCGUAUUCAGAAUCUAAAACAGCACAUGCUUAUCCACUCAGGAAUUAAACCAUUUCAGUGUGACUGCUGUGGAAAAAAGUUUACCAGGGCUUACUCGCUAAAGAUGCAUCGCCUAAAGCACGAAGGUAAACGCUGUUUCCGGUGCCAGAUAUGUAGUGCCACUUUCACUUCCUUCGGGGAGUAUAAACACCAUAUGAGGGUUUCCCGGCACAUUAUCCGCAAGCCUCGGAUUUACGAGUGCAAAACAUGUGGCGCCAUGUUCACCAACUCUGGAAAUUUAAUCGUGCACCUGAGGAGUCUGAACCAUGAAGCAUCAGAGCUAGCAAACUACUUCCAGAGCAGUGAUUUCUUAGUACCGGACUACUUAAGCCAGGAGCAAGAAGAGGCCCUUGUUCAGUAUGAUCUUGGAGAGCACACUUCUGAAAGCAGCUCUUCUGUUCAAAUGCCUGUGAUUUCACAGGUCUCCUCAACCCACAACUGUGAAAGCACUUUUCCCCUGGGGUCUCUUGGUGGGCUUGCAGAAAAGGAGGAGGACCUGCAAGAGCAGCCAAAGACCAGUGCUCACGAUGAUGCUCCCCGAGAUGACCCCCCCAAGGCAGAGCUGUCUUCUAUAACUAUUGAGUGAUUCUGUGAUUGGCCUGGGUUUUGGGGUUUUUUUGUUUUGUUUUGUUUGUUUGUUUGUUUGUUUGUUUUGGAAAGUGCCUGUGCUUGGUCUCAUAUGUUUAAAUUUAAUUUAAUUUUUUAAAAAGGGGUUCCCUUUGUAAGCUCUGAAACUAGAGGGUUCUUUGUUUUGUUUUGUUUUUUCAUAGCUUUAGUAUGUAUACAAUAAGGUAACAUUGAAACAGAACAUAAACUUUAAGAGUAAGGAAAAGCAGCUGACUUAGAACAUGGCAGUUCUUCCAUUGUUAAAAGUGGGCAGCAGCAGAUACAAAAGAAGUCGGGUUGUUGUUGACCUUUCUGAGAUAAGAGGGCUAAUGAGAAGUUACUAAAGAGUUUGACAAAGCCUAAGGAAUGUUUACUCCUGGACACAGGGUGUUAGAAACCCUGUAGUUUUGGAAGAAUUUACGGUAUUUUUUUUUUCAGAUGACGGUAAAUAACUUCUGAAAUCCAGUAUAUUCUUUUUUUUUUUUUUAAGCCAUUUUGGAUUUUCAUGGUGAAAAAUUAGUAUCAGGCAGGUAUUUUCUGUACCUUUGUAGUACUCCUCCAAAGGCUAGGUGUGGUUGAGAAGAGUCAGGCGCGCGUGGAAUGGCAGGGCGCAGAACGAGGUACGUAUACCCAGCUUUGCAGGAACUCUCUUCAGACUGUUUUUUUUACUGGCCAUUGACUGCUGACAUCUGGUUAACUAGGACAUUGCUCAGAUAAGUGUCCUCGUGUCCCAUCAACAGCACUUUCACUUGCAUAUAUACUAUUGUGCUGCCAUAUAAAAGAAAAAUAUUGAAGAUAUUCUAUAUUUUAUAUAUAGGUUUAUGUAUUGUUGAGGAUGUCGAUGCUGUGCUGUUUUGGACAAAAUAAAAGAAUUCUGUUUUGAGGCUACAUUCUUAACCCAAUUAAGAUUGUUUACAAGAUCACAUUUGACAACAAUAUAAUGUUCUUAUUCCAAAAUAUUUUAAGGUAUUGCCAAGUUUGUUAAAAGCCGCUAUUACAUAGUUUUCACAGGAUGUGAGCAAUAAUGUGAAAGAUAAGAGGUGGUAAAAUGAUCAUCUAUGACUCAAAACUUAGAGGAGCGAUUGUUAAGACUAAGAUCUAAAAACUUUGCUACUCAGAUGAUAAAAUUUAUAUGAUACUCUAGAUUGGGAUAUACUUUUUUAUCUGCUGCCAUUAAAGCCUCUUUGAUCUGAAGUAUUCAUGAAUCAAUAAAUAAUGAACUUAUGUGUAAUUUUUUUUUUUCCCGGAACUAGGGACCGAACCCAGGCCCUUGCACUUGCUAGGCAAGCGCUCUACCGCUGAGCUAAAUCCCCAGCCCCGUAAUUUUUUAUAUAGAAAGUAGCCCCAGCAUUUAUCAUUGUGGUAGCCCCUGAUGGGGUUAGAAGAUAAAAACUACAUAUGUUUUUUUGUUUGACUUUGGAUAUUUGUAACAGGAUCAUAGGUAGCCCAGGUUGGUCCAGAACUCAUGAUCCUAUUGCCUCAGUUCCCCCACAAUGCUUGUUAACAUUACAUAUCAUAGACACAUCACCACAUCCAGAUCAAGCUAUAGUCUUAGUCAAACACAUGAUCUGACUUUUACCCCAGUGCCAGACCUUACUUACUUACACUUUAUGUUUUAGUAAUUUGUCUCUUUAAAAUUUAUUAAUUCUGCAAUUUAAUUUCUAUCUCUGUCCUUUUUUCUUCUUAAUACUGAGAGUUGAACCCAGGACUUUAUAUAUUAUGAGCAUGUGCUCUAUCACUAGAUCCAACCCCAACCCGUAUUUCUAGUUUUUUACCUGACUCAUUUGCUCCCAAGCAUAAGUGUGUGACCUUCAGAAAAGUCAACUAAAAGAGUCAGUAAUUUUUAUUUUAUUAUCAUAUGAUCUUUGAAAACUGUGCCUACUAAUACAUAAAUCCUAAAACUCAUUAGAAUCCUAUUUUAGUAAGGUAAAUGUUUUUGGUUCUAAACUGGGUUUUUAUUUUGUUAAGAGCUAGAAAAAGGGGAAAGGAAGAAAGAAAUAAGAGUAAAUCAGAGAUGAAUUGAUUUGAAGAAUUCUUUUGAGAUUUUUGGUGAAAGUGUUUCAGUAUGCCCUCUCCUAGGAAUUCUGAAUUAGGACAGCCCUGCUAGCUUCCCUGGGAAGGACGUGCCUCACUGUGGAUUUUCAUUACUAGUGACAAAUCUUGGAGCCAACCUUAAUGAGAAAUUCCAAUAUACUAUGAAUGCACAAAUGGUUAGAUGCCUACUGCCCAAAUCUUUUUGAUAAAGUUACCCGACCAGUGUUUUUUUUUUUUUUUUGGUUCUUUUUUUCGGAGCUGGGGACCGAACCCAGGGCCUUGCGCUUCCUAGGUAAGCGCUCUACCACUGAGCUAAAUCCCCAGCCCCCGACCAGUGUUUAAUAUAAAAUGAUACAAAGGCCUUUUUCUGUUCCAAUAUGACUCUACAUUUUUUGAGGACAUUUUGUUUAUGGGUCUAUUAUAGGAAAUACAACUGCAAGAGAUAAUUGUAUAUAUAGUAAUACUUAAAGUUUAUUUAAAGUUGAUUUAAGAGGGGAAUGCCUAGAUGUAUACUUUUCACCAGAACAUAUGGAAAACAUUGUGAAGAGAUGAAAGCCAGUUAAUGUGAUCCCAUCAUAGAAAUCACCAGGGGAACUAAACAGAGAAGCAGUCUUGUUUAGAAUAAAUAUUUAAAGGUAGCUAUCUUUCGUAAGGCCUACGAGGGUAACUUUGUGAUAUUUAAAGGGCUUACAUUUUAGAAUGCUAGAUAAGUUACUUUUUAAAAAUCUAAGCAUUUUAUAUAAGAAAAGCUCUGUUUUCAAUUUUUUUCCAACUACCAAAUAGAUAGGAUGUGCUUUAGAGGUAAAGUCUUCACCGUGUUGGAGGCGGUAGCCCCUCCUGUCAGUCUUUGCAUUUCCAAACUCCAGCUUCAGAGGGUCACGUCAGGACGCCACUGACUCAGAAACAGAAAGUUAACAGGACACUUUACCUUGUGCAUUUAAAUUUUCUAAGAAAUGGAUAUUGAUAACGUUAUUAUCCAAAAAUAUGUGAGCUUCUCUUAAUUGGCCAUUUUAAACAAUCCUAAUUUUUAUUUUGAGUCUAAUUUCAAGUUUAACCACAGUUCAUUAUUACUAGGUUUUAUUUUGAGUUUUUCAGGGGUGGAGUUUAAUUUUUUUUUUUAAGUUCACAAUUUUGUUAAGACAGAAUGUACUAAAAUGUUUAAGUUGCUUCAUUUCAGUCUUAUGUUUGAACAUAUUAAGUCCCAAUAAAUAGGAUCCGUGUUAAGAUACAUUCCCUUUGUUAUUAAAAACAAACAGAAAAUACUUGUUAAAAUGUUUUACUAAAUAGAGUGGAGGAGUAAGGGCCUCUGGUUCACUGAGUCAUUGGUUCUCCAGUUGCCUUCUAACUACGGAGCCAGGCUCUCCUGUUUUAAAACUGAUCCCCAUUCCUUUAGAAGCUAUGUUAAGUCUUUCACUCCUUGAAAAAAGGCUCUCCUUUCAUUUGUCUAAUUAAUAGAAGGCACUUGCAUGGUGAGUGUCUGUUUUCAGAUUAGGCGUUAGUCUGUUAGCUUUUCUAAGGUACAUGACCAUACAGUGUUAUGCAGAGGGGAUCCUCUAGCAGGAUCUCAGACACUGUUUUCUUAUGAUGGCAAAUGAGCAGUCCUCAAUUCUAACUCGAGAGAUUUUGGUUUGUAGACCUAAUGACCAGGCGAAUUAGAAACUUCCAUUGUACUGCAUCACUCAUCUGCCCAAAGGGCCUUCAAACUGAAGUAUACACCUACAUGAAGGAAUGAUGUGAGUUCUUAACUAGGAGUGGGGGAAAAGAACUAGGAAAGCUCACAUAAUGGAGCAGACAGCCCAAAGGUAGGGGAGAAAGAUAGGUUUUCACUGUAAACGUUGACAUCAGACGCCUUUUUAUAUUUCCAUAGUUACUAAGAGAACAUAUAGAAACCAGAAGGCAGUGGAACAAAAGUGAGGGAGUAGAGAGAUGUUAUUGUUGUAGUAAAUACAGCUAUGAGGAAUAUUUAUAACUAAAUACAUGUUUUAAAUAAGAUCAAAAUUAAGAUUUCUUAUUUUGCUUAUACUAGUAUUUAUCCACUCUUGUUUUUGACAGAAUGUGGUGACGUGGGAUAAUUUUUACGUGAAAAAUCUUCAGCAAAACAAAUUUACCAAAAUAGCAAUGGGUCAGCUAAACACUGGAGUGGCAUUAAGCCAGUCCGCAAGCCGGUUAAGAAGUAGGCUGUAAUGUUUCACUCCGGAAUGCAUAACUUGAGAUGUUUGCUGCAACCUAGAAACAUGAACUGUGUAGAACAGGGAAUGCUGCUGGGCACUACCAGGAGUUACUGAAGUGAUGAGUGAGAUGCUUUCCCAUAUCGUAAUUCUGGUUUAUAAUAGAAGCGAUAGUUCCAUGGUUUUGGAAGUAGUCACUGUAGAUUCCAGACAGUCCAGUUGGAGCCUUGGCUUUGGCAGUGUCUGAACAUGUUGCUUUAACUGCUCCUUCAACUUUAGCAGUGCUCCCUGAGUGAAACCCAGGCCGGUUCCAGCAGACACCGGGCUUCCUGUGGACAUAACAGUUUACAAAAACUUAGGAGUUCAGACCCUGAUUGAGAAACAUUAAAAUUAAUGUUUUUAUUAAAAGUAUAAGAGAAAAUUAAGUUUUUUUAAGUGCCUAAUUUAUAAAGUUAAAUUCUUUAUUUCUAAGUUAUCAAGCUUUGCUAAGCCUAAAAACCCUGGGCUCAGUUGUGAUGAUUUACUAGUAAAGUCACCAGUAAUCAUUUGAGGAGCUAUAGUGUCAUGACUUUUACUAAAUUCCUUGUUUUCUCAAAUGGCAGACUGACUAUACCUAGAGCUUGAAAAGUCACCCUGUGAGUGAGUUCAUUACCAAAGCCCGUCACCUGCUGAGUAGUCAGCGCUGUCUGCACAGGAGGGAGUAGUGUGGCUUCAAGAUGGCAGCAUUGUCCGCAGUGGUGUUUUCCAGAGAGCCUUUUCUGUGAGUAGUGUGUGCGUGCCCUCUGAGCUUGUCCUGUUAGGUAGCCGUUCUCCGGUUGACAGCUGAUAUGAAGGUCUUUGGCACUGAGAAUGCAGUUUUGAAAGUUGCACUGCUUUUCUGCCCCCUAGAGUGAGUGGCAUUGGAUAUUUAGAAGUGAGGCCAUAAACUUGUUACUUUGUUUAUACAAAAUGAUGGCUUCCGAUGCUUAUGUAUGGAAGUAUUGCUUAAAGAACAGCCUCUGAUAAGGUAAAAUCUGGUUUUGACUCAAGUUCUAAUGAUGUAUUUAGUUUAUUGAUACUGGUGUCUCCUGUUGCAUCAGCUAGAUAUUGCCUGCCUCUUUGUUAAGGCACCCUGUGGCACCUUACGUUCAACUUGAAGGAUGGUAUGUGGCCUCUUUGUGCCUCUACUGUCUUUUCAAAAGCCAUUUUAUAAAAAUCUUAGGUAUUUUAAUAUUUAAAUAUAUAUAUUUGUGAAAGAUACUUUUAGAACGAAUUUUUUUUAACUUUAAAGUUCCUGUAUUCCCAUUUUUAAGAGUAAACUAAAGAUUUUCCAGGCUUAGGAGUAUCUUUUUUCAGAACCGUGAUAAGAAAGUCAGAUUGAGGUAAUAAACCAGAGAGUUUGAUGAUAGGGAAAAAGAUAUCUGGUGAGGGGAGACAGAUUUAAAGGUGAAAACAAUUACUUUGAUGUAACAAAUUAACUUCUUAAAUAAAGUUUUGUGGUUUUGCUCCUGUGAUUUCGUAUUUGCUGCUAUAGUAGCUCACUAUUUUAUAGGGCUAAUAUAUAAAUCUGGCCCCAUUUAAAACUGAGGUCCUUUCUAAUCCAAACAGCCUAGAAAGAGACUGCAGCACAGUCUGCCAGCGGUGGCCAGUGUCCAUAUAGCUGAUGCAUGCUUUAAUGUUUGCCUGUAGCUGGCAGCACGGAGGUCAGGGAAGCUUCCUACCCUGCCAGACAGAGCAUUAUGAUUCUUGGGGGACUGGCAUCUGGGAGACAAGACAGGCCAAAGAGGGAACCGCUGAGGAGAGCGUGUGAAUGCAGUUGCAUGUUCCCAUGUUCUCCUAUAGCAGUCCUACUCUCCAGCUGCGCCAGUCCCCAUGUCACCAGCUCUGUACCAGUUGUCAUCUCAUUCAAGUGUGGCUUUACUUGGUGACAGUGGCCAUAGCUAAAUUACUUAGCAUGUUUGACUUUCUACAAUAACAAAAAUGGUCUUAAAUUUUUGUUUUGAUUUCCUAAAAAAAAUGUACACAGUGUCAUAACUUCACGUUUUAUAAACUAGUAUCUGGCUAUUAGUAUUUUACAGAAACCAUGGUUCUUGGUGACUACAUAUAUAUAUAUAUAUAUUUUUGUGACCUUUUUGUAAACUAAGUGCCGUUUCAACGUUACAAUCAUUUUUAGAGUUAUUGUAAUCAAUGUGAAUAUCAUGUUUUUUCAAAUCUGUUCUGAGCCUAGUGUUUGCUUUGUGAAAAAUAUGUGUAUUGUAUAUAUUCUGUAUAGUUAUACUGUAUUGAAAUAUUAGCUUGUUUGAUAUGAGAAAAAGUAUGUAUUGAGUACCUUUUUGCUAGCCUGAUUGCUUAAUCUUUUUUAAAAAGGUUUAAUUUUUUUUUUUUAAUCUUUAAACUGGCCUUUAUUAAUGGUCACAAAUAAAGUUGCAGUUAGAAGGGAUGGACAGGGAAAAUUUAGUCUUGAGUGUCUUUGGAUAGAAACAUGAGACUAAGAUUUGUUUCGGGUUUUUUGUUUGUUUUUGUUUUUGUUUUUUUUUUCUCAUUAAAAUACCUUACUGAUGUUUUAUGAAA